ACUACAGCGACUUCGCUCGCUUGCCUGGCUGGAGUAGCCGUUCACGCGAGCGGCAGCACGGAAUGGAAGCAGAGAACGCGGGCAGCUUUUCCCUUCAGCAAGCUCAAGCUGUUUAUACAUUUCCAUUUCAACAAAUGAUGGCUGAAGCUCCUAACACGGAAGUUAUGAACGAGCAGCAAACACCAGCAGAAGUUCCAGAGGCAGCUCCUGCUCAAGAACCCGCACAAGAGACUCGAAGGGGAAGGAAAAGAAAAACAACACAGCCAAAAACACCAGUGGAACCCAAAAAACCUGCUGAGGCCAAAAAGUCUGCCAAGUCCACAAAAUCAAAAGAAAAGCAAGAAAAAAUUACAGACACAUUUAAAGUGAAAAGAAAAGUUGACCGCUUUAAUGGUGUUUCAGAAGCUGAACUUCUGACCAAGACUCUGCCGGAUAUUUUGACCUUCAACCUGGACAUUGUGAUCAUCGGCAUCAACCCAGGACUGAUGGCUGCUUACAAAGGGCACCAUUACCCGGGACCCGGAAACCAUUUUUGGAAGUGUCUCUUUAUGUCGGGACUGAGUGAGGUCCAGCUGAGCCAUAUGGAUGAUCACACUUUACCAGGGAAGUAUGGUAUCGGAUUCACCAAUAUGGUGGAAAGGACAACCCCGGGAAGCAAGGACCUCUCCAGUAAAGAAUUUCGUGAAGGAGGACGUAUUCUAGUACAGAAAUUACAGAAAUAUCAGCCACGAAUAGCAGUGUUUAAUGGAAAAUGUAUUUAUGAAAUUUUUAGUAAAGAAGUUUUUGGAGUAAAGGUUAAGAACUUAGAAUUUGGACUUCAACCUCAUAAGAUUCCAGACACAGAAACUCUCUGCUACGUGAUGCCGUCUUCCAGUGCCAGGUGCGCUCAGUUCCCGCGAGCCCAGGACAAAGUGCAUUACUACAUUAAGCUGAAAGACUUAAGAGAUCAGUUGAAAGGCAUUGAACGAAACACAGAUGUUCAAGAGGUGCAGUAUACAUUUGACCUGCAGCUUGCCCAAGAGGAUGCAAAGAAGAUGGCCGUUAAGGAAGAAAAAUACGACCCAGGUUACGAAGCAGCGUACGGUGGUGCUUACAGUGCGAAUCCGUGCAGCAGUGAGCCUUGCAGCUUCUCUUCGAACGGGCUAAUGGCUGGCGGCGGAGAGUCGACUUUCAGUGAUGUCCCAAACGGCCAGUGGAUGGACCAGUCCUUCACAGACCAGAUUCCUUCCAUUAACAAUCACUGUGGGACGCACGAACAGGGGGGAGAAAGCCCCUGCUCCUAAGGACGGCGCUUCUCAGCUCUGCUUAAAGGCUGCAGUUUUAAUGCAGCUGUCAAGAAGCCGCCCUCAGUUUGCUAACUGAAGUAUUUUGUUGGCGUUUUACCCUGGUGAUGUAGUCAUGGUACAGUUGUGUGGUAGAGUCAACUGUAUGAACCUAAGUAGUUUAGAAGGAAAGUGUAGGGGUUUUUUUUUAUGAGUUUUUGUAUUUGAAUUAACCAUCAUUCCAGCAUUUUAUAAAGCCUUUUUCUUUUAUAAGGAAAUUAAUGUUCUUUCGGGAGUCACUUUGUAUCUGUCAUUUUAAAAUGCAGCAGCCUGAAUAUUUAUAUUAGAUUAUUAGCAUAAAUCUAGAUACACCGUUCUCCCUUUUAUGCCUGAGAAGGGCAUACUAAUAAUAAGAAUUACCACCUGGAACGAGGCAGGUGUGUGGAUUUUCACGAGAAGUUAAGCCUCCGUGGAGUGGCGUUCACGCUCGGGCCUCUUUACCGGUGGUGAUUGAUUGUGAGAGUUGCUUACUCGUGCAGAUGUAAAGGGUGGCCUUGCCUGGCAGGGCGUGGACCCCUGCUUCAGCCUCCGCACCCGGUGUGUUAAUCCUCUAACAGGCAGGAACCAUGCUGCUGGGACGGUGACCUCCAGAGGAUGCAGCAGGCCUUUUAAAAUAGUCGCCGCCUCUGUGUUUUACUUGACAGACUUACAUUUGACGGGGAAGGAGCUGAGCUUCUCUGUCCGUAUCCAUCACCAUUUGAAUUUUAUCCUCCUUGGCUUAAAGGAUGUAACGUAGAUCGUGAUGAAAAAUGCACCUUCAGGCUGAGCAACAAACCAGAAGCUGAAGGUGUUCGGUGACCUUAUUUAAACUGGUGCUUUAUGUACAUGAGAUGUACUGAUAUAAAUAAUAUAGAACUUUUUCACUAGUUAAAUGUAACAAGCCAGUAAUUUUAAAAAUUCUCCCUCUGCAUCAUUGCCCUUUGCUACCGUGGACUGAGGUAACCUUAUGGCAAGGUUGUUCUGAAGUAACGUACCUUUGUGGUUUUCUAAUGCGUUCUCCAAGGUGCUACAAAUAGUCCGGGUGGCUAGGCCUGGCAGAUACAAAGCCGGGGACUUGGAAAUGCCACGUGCAUUGAUUCCUGGUCACUUAUACCCAAGGAGCAUGCUUUUCAAUAUGAAAUGUUUAUCAGGUGUCUUUUUUCCCCUAAAAGAUCGUAUGGCCUCUUUUUUUCUCAAUAAGAGAAACAAAUCCUUGUUGUAAAUCUGAACGUGCUUUGUAGCUGUGGCUUUGAUGGAUUUUAUUUUCCUUUAGUCUAGAUCAAGCCGUGUAAAGUCGUUCAUGUUAUUUAAAUCCUGUACUGUACUGCUGUUUACAUGGAUGUUUGUGCAGGUGCUUGGAAGUGCCUCGCAUCAGGGAUUAGGAACAAUGGAGUUAUUUUUUCACGGGACUAUGUAAAGCAUGUGACUAGGUAUUGCUUUGGUAAAUAAUAAUGUGUAGCCUUACAAUAGAUUGGUUUUUAUUUAAGUGGAGAAAUACCCUUUAAAUUAUGGACACUCACUGGAGAAUGGGUUUGAGAGUUUUCCAAGCAUACAACAAUGGUGUUUUUCAUUAAAUAUGACAGACGAGUAGUAAAUGGUGACACAUCCCAUACAUGACAGUGUAAGACUUUUUCAUUAAAUAACAAUGAAAAAGUUUUUAAAUUCCCUUGAAAGUCUGAUGGUUUUUACAAUAAAAAAAUAUUAAGAAUGAUUAA